GUCUCAAUCUUGAAAAAUGAAAUCAAUAAAAAAAAAAAAACCUUUUAUAUGUUUGGCAUCUAAUGUAACAGAAUAUUUGUGAUGAGUGAUGACCAUGGUAACACAAAUCUUGAUUCUAUUUUUUUGUUUAGUGCCAACCCAAAUCGUAGGCAAUUGCAAUUUUGCAGCCAUUUUCAACUUUGGUGACUCAAACUCAGAUACUGGUGGCCUUUCAGCAGCAUUUGGACAAGCUCCUUAUCCCAAUGGUGAAACCUUCUUUCAUGCCCCUGCUGGUCGAUUCUCUGAUGGUCGUCUCCUUAUUGAUUUCAUUGCUGAAGGCAUAGAUUUGCCUUAUCUUAGCGCGUUUCUUGAUUCGAUUGGUUCCAACUUCAGCCAUGGAGCUAAUUUUGCGACAGCAGGAUCAACCAUUAGACCUCAAAACACAACCAUGGGCCAGAGUGGAUACAGUCCAAUUUCACUGGACGUACAAGGUGUUCAGUUCUCAGAUUUUCAUACAAGAUCUCAGAUAAUUCGCCAGAAAGGAAAUAUCUAUGGCAAAUUGCUUCCCAAGGAGGAAGACUUUUCUCAAGCAUUGUACACGUUUGAUAUCGGACAAAAUGAUCUCACUGCUGGCUACAAGCUUAAUAUGUCCACUGAUCAAGUGAAGGCUUAUGUUCCUGAUUUACUCUCUCAGUUAUCCAAUGUUAUAAAGAAAGUAUAUGCAAAAGGCGGUAGAUCAUUUUGGAUUCAUAAUACUGGACCAGUAGGUUGUCUACCAUACGUUAUGGACCGCUUUAUGAUCACAGCAGCACAAGUCGAUAAGUAUGGUUGUGCUAAUCCCUUCAAUGAAGUGUCAAAGUACUUCAACCUUCUGUUGAAGAAAACUGUUGUUCAGCUCAGGAAAGAACUUCCUUUAGCUGCAUUCACUUAUGUUGAUGUCUACUCGGUUAAAUACUCACUCAUUGGUCAUGCAAAGAAGCUAGGAUUCGAGAACCCAUUCCUAGCUUGUUGUGGUCAUGGUGGGAAGUACAAUUACAACAGAUUCAUAAAAUGUGGAAGCAAGAAAGUGGUGAACGGAAAAGAGAUAGUGAUCGCUUCUUCAUGCAAGGAUCCGUCAGUUCGGGUUAGUUGGGAUGGAACUCACUUCACAGAAGCAGCUAAUAAGUGGAUAUUUGAUCAGAUUGUUAAUGGCUCGUUCUCAGAUCCUCCAAUUCCUUUGAGUUUGGCCUGCAACAGAGUUAACCAUUGAAUGUUUACUCUUUUACAUACUGUCUUAUGUUUCCUUCCUAUUUGAUUUUUAUAGGAUUGAAUAAUCUCCUCUGGUUCAUUAACUACAUAUAGUUUAAUGAGUGUCAUUUGAUUGACAUACAACCUUAUUCAUUCACUAAUA